CCGCUCAGAAAGCAAAUGCACCCGGUCUGGACUGCCAGGAGGACUUUCAUCAGAGCAGAAACACAGUCGUAUCUGUUCAUCAACGAGGAUUGUCUACAUAACAUAGGCUACACAAGUUCUACAAGCCUGAAUGAGAAGCAGAGGAUUAUAAUGUAAUGAGGGAUGAUUUUGAGAUGCUUUACGAGGCACCACUGCGGGAGGCUGGAGAAUCAUCGGCUUGACAGUGAACAGAUUUCCACGAGAUUCCCACGGAGCGCUUGCGAGCGAGAUGAGCAACCCACCAGUGUGAUCGUGCACAUGGAGAGCGCGAUUCAAGGCGCUUAAACGCACACACGGAGAUCCGUGUUUUCUCUGCGCUUUGGACACUUUGGAAACAUUUCUUACCGGAUAUUCCUAAAAAUAUUCGUCUUCAGAUACAGUUUUAUUUUUAAUUCAUCUGUUUAUUUUUUGCACUAUUUUCAAACUCUAACAGACUCAAAUUAUGCUGAACUAAAGGGAUUUUUGAAACACCUCAAACUUGUCACCGCACGGACAGCUUCCUCUGUCUUCAUCCGUCCUUCUUUCGAGCUAAUAGGAUGCAGCAGGAAUGAUCCCGGUCCAGCGCGUUAAAGCUCAGCCUCAGCUGUGGCAUGUGAGCGCCGAAGCUCCUCCGUGGCUCUGGAUGGUUCCGAACACUUCCGGACUGUGUAGGGUGGGUUCUAGCGUUCCUCCGGUGCUCAUCUCCUCUCGCCCUCCUCCGGUGAUUCAGACGGUGUCGGGAUGGCAGAUGUCCUGCGAUCCCUUUGUGCCUGUGAUGCGCGCUGCCGCCGCGGAACCCUCGACCAUCAGUCAGUUCAGUCUGCCCAGUGUUCAGUGGGAGAUCCCAUCUAGGCCUCAUGUGUUGGGUUUCCAGCCUUCUGCAAGUGUGGAUCUACUUCCAGUGUUUCCUCAUGUAUACCGGACGGUCCUGCCUCCACACUACGGCAAGGGCUGGGUGGAAAAACGUGUGCCUGACUACAAGUUUUAUCUAAACAACACUUUAGCUCUUGAGACCACCUGGAUCAGUCCGGAGGAAAUGGGAAUUUUCCAGCGUCAGGAAAAGCCACUGCUGAGGACAAAUCAAACGGCUUUGAGCAUAUGUAGGCCAGCUGCAGCCUCCAGGAAUAUCCACACGCUACUUUUGACACCCAGGCGCGUUUCAGGUUGUCCUGUGGCCAUUAAGCGAGUAGGAAGUUCUAAACGUAUCGCUCUGGCAGCGGCAGCCAUGAUGGCGAUGGAUUCUGACGUGACACAGGGACCAUCUGUCUCUUCUGCUCACCCUCUCCACCUGCUCUCACUCUCACCCAUCAAGCUUCCCUUUCUGACGGCGCCUCACGCAGGAACACGGAGCAGUUGGGAAGGCUUGCUACCCAUCCUGCCCUCUCAGAUCACCGCUGUAACAUCACUCACUGCCCCUGGAGUGACCCUGCUUACUGGAAACUGGAAGAAGCAGAGAGCAACAAAUAAGAUUUUGGAACUGAAGAAGCCAUCCUGCACAGAUGCCUUAGUGCUCCGCCGUGAUCCAAACCCAGAGGCUAAAGCUGAGGAUGAGCCUUUUAAAGUCAGUAUGGACGAGGACAGCGCGCUCAAAGACAAGAGGCCAGUUGCAUCCACGCCUAUACCUGGAUCCCCAUGGUGUGUGGUGUGGACAGGCGAUGACAGGGUGUUUUUCUUCAAUCCUACCAUGCAUUUGUCAGUAUGGGAGAAACCAGUGGAUCUAAAAGACCGUGGAGACCUCAAUCGAAUCAUCGAGGACCCACCACACAAACGCAAGAAAGACUCUUUAGAUGAUGGUUCAAAUGCUGAUGCUGAUGAUGACGAUGACGAUGAAGAGGAACGUAGUUCAAAGAGCAAGCGCUACAAACUGGACCAUCCUGAUGAGUGUGAUGAAGGAAAAAACGGAUCAUCUCAUCAGAUGGUUUUACCGCUGGAGCUGCGGAUUGGCCACUUCAGAGACAUGCUUCUGGAAAGAGGGGUGUCCGCGUUCUCCACCUGGGAGAAAGAACUGCACAAAAUUGUAUUUGAUCCACGGUACCUGCUGCUGAGUCCAGAGGAACGAAAACAGAUAUAUGAUCAGUUUGUCAAAGCAAGAAUGAAAGAGGAGCACAAAGAGAAAAAGUGCAAACUCCAGCAAGCGAAAGAAGAGUACAGAAAACUGCUGGAGGAAUCAAAAAUCACAUCCAGGUCAACGUUCAAAGAGUUUUCGGAAAAGUACGGGAAAGAUCCGCGAUUCAAGCAGGUUCAGAAAAGGAAAGACCAGGAGCUGUUUUUCACCCAGUUCAUCAGCACGCUAAAGAAGAGAGACAAGGAAAACAGAAUUCGACUGAGGAAGAUGAGAUGAGUGUUUGCGGACAGGACCGUGACCUCUCCACAGUACUGUGAACUGAUUUCCUGUGACUGUUUAUCACAGCGUAUACAGAGAUAUCAUCUGCCCAUAUGUCUGAGGCAGUUUGCUUUUCAAUGACUGAAUUUCAAACAAAAGAAACCAAUACAGAUCCAGUCUGAGCAGUGGUUUGGGAACGAACUCUGUAUAUCUGAAUCUGUUUCAUAUUGAAGCUCUUAGUCUCCGGUUUGAGUAUAAUGAGGUUCCUGAACACGAACACAGAGUUUGGAUGGAAGUAUUUAAAGCCAUUGACCUGUGCACACAGGCGGAAAAUGAUUUUUAUAACAAGUGUAAAUAAGUGUCAACUUGCCUGGCGCUGUGCUAAAAGUGACCGUAGAAGUGAAACUGUUUUGUCAGAGUAAGACACAGAUUCUCCACAGCAUCUGUGAGAGUCGGUAAGUGGUGUUGUGUAUUGAUAGAAUUUUUCAAAUGUUGUCUAAUGGUUUGUUGUAAUUAAAUUUGUCAUGAUAUCGUAAAAAUGAAAGUGAUACUUUUUACUGAACAUUCAUGUACUGCUCUGUGAAGUGUUGUGAUACUUAAAGGAAUAGCCAAAAUGAAAAUUUGCUGACAGUUCACUAACCCUCAGGCAAUUCAAGAUGUAAGUUUCUUCAUCCAAACAGAUUUGGAGAAAUUUAGCAUACAACAUUUACAAUAGAUUCUCUGCAGUGAAUGGGUGCCGUCAGAAUUAGAGUCUAAACUGUUGAUAGAAACAUCACAAUAAUCUACAAGUAAUGCUCAAUUUCUCUAAAUCUGUUCCCAUGAAGAAACAAACUCAGCUAUAUGUUGGAUUACCUGAGAGUGAGUACAAUUUCAGCAAAUUUUCAUUUUGGAUGAGUUAAAGAAAUAGUUCAUCCAAAAUGAAAAUGGAUUCUGUUUACAGUAAAUGAGAAAUUUCAUUAAAAGGACUGUUUAGAUGUGUGUGGCUGCAUUUGAUUCAUGUAGCUACUUGUAAGUAUGAUUAAAUAAAUUAUUUUAUUUAAUUUACUGAUUGAAAUGCAAUUUUACAUUUUUCUGUCAGCUUUUAUACACACCAAAAAGGGUUCCAAUUAUUUUCAUUCUAAAUUCAAGUAGGAAUUGUGGGAUAAAAACAUUUCAAAAAACAGCAAUUUUAGAUAGAAGGUAGAAUAGCAAGAUGUUAACUUUUAUUUUAAUUUGUAUUCCAUGGCAAGACAAUAAAUAAUUAGAAAUUGCAAGAUGCAAGAAAAAACAAAUUGAAUUCUAAGGUUAUAUAUCACAAUCUUAGAUUAUAUCUUGCAUUUCUGAAACUCCAAACUGCAAUAUAAAAUGUUGCAAGUACCAUUUUAUUUAUUUAUAUAAUUAUUUAUUUUUAUACAGUGAUGGAAAUGGGCUUCUAUUGCAUACAAUGGCAUGCCAUGCAAAAUCUGGUUAUAAUUUAAAAAAUUUAGAAGAUGCAACAUUCCAAAGUCUUUCUCUGUUUCAACAAAUUAUUUAUUUUAGCAAGAGAGAUAGCAUUGGUUAUACUGAAUGAACUACUAUGUUCAAAACAUCCAAGAUAUUU